GUGACGUUGCGCCUCAAUUCAGCCCUGCAGCAAGAAAAGAAAGAAGGAGAAAAAGGAAAACAAUCUGCUGUGCGCGGAGCAGUGUGAGGAGCUGGCAGAGCAAUGCAGUGGCCCGUGUGUGCGGCAGCGCGGCUCAGGGCGAGGCUGAUGUGCAGGUGAUGUGCUGAUCCUGAUGAAGGGGAAUCCCUGCCGGGACACAAACAAGUGAGGAGCAGAGGGAGCGCACAGGAGCUAGCAAUCAUGUCCAGGUUUAAGAAGGACAAGGAGAUCAUCUCUGACUAUGAGAACCAAGUGAAAGAGAUCCGUAGCCAGCUGGUGGAGCAGUUGAAGUGCCUGGAGCAGCAGUCUGAGUCCCGUCUGGCUCUCCUCCAGGAUCUACAGGAAUUCUUCCGCAGGAAGGCAGAGAUUGAGCUGGAAUACUCGCGGAGCCUGGACAAACUGGCGGAGAGAUUCUCUUCCAAGGUGCGCAGUGCCCGCGAGCAACAUCAUUUCAAGAAGGAUCAGCAUCUUCUCUCCCCUGUGAAUUGCUGGUAUUUGGUUCUGACUCAGACGCGACGGGAGAGUAAGGACCACGCCACUCUGAAUGAUAUAUUCCUGAAUAAUGUGAUUGUCAGGCUCUCGCACAUCAGUGAAGAUGUCAUGCGCCUCUUCAAAAAGAGCAAAGAGAUUGGACAACAGAUGCACGAAGAACUGGCAAAGGUCACGAAUGAGCUGUAUACGGUGAUGAAGACAUAUCACAUGUACCAUGCAGAGAGCAUCAGUGCAGAGAGCAAACUCAAGGAUGCAGAGAAGCAGGAGGAGAAGCAAUUUAGCAAAGCGGUGGAGCUCGGCUCCAAUGCCCUGCGGCUCGAGGAGAGACCACAGAGACGCAGCUCGGUCAAGAAGAUUGAAAAAAUGAAGGAGAAGAGACAAGCCAAGUACUCGGAAAACAAACUGAAGUGUACAAAAGCCAGAAACGAGUAUCUCCUCAACUUGGCUGCUACCAAUGGGUGCAUCAGCAAAUACUACAUCCACGAUGUGUCUGAUCUGAUAGAUUGCUCUGACCUUGGCUUCCAUGCAAGCCUUGCCCGCACCUUUCGCACAUACCUCUCUGCUGAGUAUAACCUGGAGACCUCGCGGCACGAAGGCCUCGACAUCAUCGAGAAUGCCGUGGAUAAUCUCGACGCCCGCAGUGAUAAGCACAAAAUCAUGGACUUGUACAACCAGGUCUUUUGCCCCCCACUCAAAUUUGACUAUCAGCCUCAUAUGGGAGACGAGGUUUUCCAGGUGAGUGCCCAGCAGCCAGUACAGAUGGAGCUCCUCAUGCGAUACCACCAGCUACAGUCUCGUCUCACCACCCUGAAGAUAGAAAAUGAAGAAGUGCGGAAGACUUUGGAUGCCACCAUGCAGACCCUGCAGGACAUGCUGACGGUGGAGGACUUUGAUGUGUCAGAUGCCUUUCAUCACAGCCGCUCUACAGAAUCCAUCAAAUCGGCUGCCUCUGAGACCUAUAUGAGUAAACUCAACAUCUCCAAGAGGAGGGCCAACCAGCAAGAGACUGAGAGCUUUUACUUUUCUAAGUUUAAAGAGUACUUGAAUGGAAGUAACCUCAUCACAAAGCUUCAGGCCAAACACGACCUUCUGAAACAGACUCUAGGAGAAGGAGAACGAGCAGACUAUGGAACCACUAGGCCCCCAUUACUUCCCCCUAAACCCCAGAAAAUGAGGAAACCCCGGCCUCGGUCAUCCUAUAGCCUUAAGCUCUUUCAUGGAGACAUGGAGCUGUUCAUUAAGGACUCUGGGCAGGCAAUUCCUUUGGUGGUGGAGAGCUGCAUUCGGUACAUCAACUUAUAUGGUCUCCAGCAACAGGGGAUUUUUCGAGUUCCAGGCUCUCAGGUUGAAGUUAAUGACAUCAAGAAUUCAUUUGAAAGAGGUGAAGACCCACUUGUGGAAGAUCACAGUGAGCGUGACAUUAAUUCGGUGGCAGGUGUGUUGAAGCUGUACUUCCGAGGCCUGGAAAACCCACUCUUUCCUAAGGAAAGGUUUCAAGACUUGAUGUCAACAAUCAAGAUAGAGAACCCUUCAGAGAGGGCACAUCAUAUCCGUCAGAUCCUCAUCACGUUGCCCAGGUCCGUCCUGGUGGUCAUGAGAUACCUCUUUGCCUUCCUCAACCAUUUAUCACAGUACAGCGAUGAGAACAUGAUGGAUCCAUACAACCUAGCCAUCUGUUUUGGACCAACUUUGAUGCCCAUCCCAGAUGGGCAAGAUCCUGUGUCUUGCCAAGCGCAUGUCAACGAGGUCAUCAAAACCAUCAUCAUCAGCCAAGAAUCCAUUUACCCAAGUCAUCGUGAGCUGGAUGGGCCAGUGUAUGAAAAAUGCAUGACCGGAGGAGAGGAUUACUGUGACAGCCCCCACAGUGAGCCGGGUGCUAUUGAUGAGGGUGAUCACGACAAUGGUACAGAGCCUCACACUAGUGAUGAAGAGGUGGAGCAGAUUGAGGCCAUCGCUAAGUUUGACUACAUGGGACGGACGCCCCGAGAGUUGUCCUUUAAAAAGGGGGCAUCCCUGCUUCUUUACCAUCGCGCUUCUGAAGACUGGUGGGAAGGGCGACACAAUGGGGUAGAUGGGCUUAUACCUCAUCAGUAUAUCGUGGUGCAGGAUCUGGAUGAUGCAUUUUCAGACAGCCUAAGCCAGAAGGCAGACAGCGAGGCCAGCAGUGGACCCCUACUGGAUGAUAAGGCCUCCUCCAAAAAUGAUAUCCACUCGCCUACUGAGCACCUGCAGGAAUACAGCUUCUCUGGAGUGUUGGGCAGGGUGAGACUAAGAUCUGAUGGAGCUGCCAUACCACGAAGAAGAAGUGGUGGUGACAACCACAGUCCCCCCAGACCUCUAGGUCCUUGUAUAGAUACCCCUCCCAGAGCCGCCGCCUGCCCCAGCAGCCCACACAAACUGUCGCUAAAUAGAGGAAGGGUGGAUAGUCCAGAGAAGCGCCGGAUGGCAACUUUUGGCAGUGCCGGGAGUAUCAAUUAUCCUGAGAGGAAGGGUCUGACUGACGGAAUCUCCCUGCGAUCAGUAACAGGAGGUACCAGACACAGCAGUCUUGGAGACCACAAGUCUUUAGAAGCUGAAGCUCUAGCUGAGGACAUUGAAAAGACAAUGAACACAGCCCUGAAUGAGCUGCGUGAGCUGGAGAGGCAAAACACGGCCAAGCAGGCCCCUGAUGUGGUUCUGGACACACUGGAACCCAUGAAACACCCUGCACUGGGCACUCCCAAUUCUGAACCGGUUAGUCCUUUGCACACCAUUAUGAUCCGUGACCCUGAUGCUGCCAUGAGGAGGAGUAACUCCACUACUACAGAGAUGAUGACUACAUUUAAGCCUGCUCUGUCGGCACGUCUUGCAGGGUCUCAGCUGCGUCCUCCACCUGUAAGGCCGGCACGGCCCAUGGUCCAACACAGGUCUAGUAGCAGCAGCAGCUCUGGUGUCGGAAGCCCGGCACUAACACCAACAGAAAAGGUGUUCCCCAGCAACCCAUCUGAGAAGUCAGGAACCAUGUAAAUGCCUCCAGACCCCAAUAUCGUGGAUCCUCCUGUGUGAUCUGUGGUAUACUCUGGAUAGUAUAAAUGAGAACUGGGUCAGGAGACACAGAAACCGAAAGAACUUCAGUUCAAGCCAGUUCCAGUAGUGAUAGAUAGAAUUCCUGUACCUAUGUACAUACUGUACUCAUAAAUUUCCUACAUGUGACUCCCCCCAGUCUCAGAGUCUAUUGCUAAUACCUCCACUCUCUGUUCUUGCACCCAGGCAUAUGGAUCCUUAGACACCCAAUCCCAUGUACAUAUCUCAUAGUCUCUUCAUGCACUUAUAACCACAUCACUCAGGAUUUGUCCAUGUGCCCAGUAACAUGGAACCAUCCAUAAAGGGUCACUUCUUGUGCCAACCUUUUUCCAUGGCUUCAUUAGAUAGGUGCGUUAUCAGCACUCCACAUAACUAACGAUUAUGCCCUUAAUAAAACAAUAUCCAUGUCUUUCCCAAAACAAUCACACAAGAUCUUAUGCCAUGCUCCCAAUAA